UCUUCCUGUAUCCGAUUAUUGAUUGUUUGCAGCACGCAGUGCAACGAAGCUGUCAAAAACCCAACAACAACAUCAAAACUACUGUGUCGCAAAAACACGAAAUCCGCAUAAAAAACCCAAAACAAAAACCAUCGGCAGCAGCUGCAACAACAACAACAACAACAACAACAACAACAAAAGACAACGUUGACAACAAUGAAGCGCCUAAUUGGAUUAUUACUAAAUUUGGCUGCCAUAACAGCUUCCGUGCAGGCCAGCCACCAUGAACUGCUUUCGCUCAGUCCCUCCGAUCAUUCUGUGGUGCGAUAUACCAACGACUCGCUAAUAGUCCAAUGUCGUAGCUCAACAUCAGAAGCGCAGUUGGUGUGGAAGUCGCCGAAGGGAGAAAUAAUUAAGGAGCACAAAGGACGUAUACACAUCGAGCAAAGUGCGCCAGAACAAUUGAAAAUUGUUUUUCUACACAUUUCACUCGGCGACAAGGGCAAGUGGACGUGCGAAGAUGCCAAUGGCGACAGAGCGGAAAAGUCUUUCGAUCUCAUUGUCUACCAAAAAAUUGCUUUCGCUGAAAAUUUCACCAUUCUUACGGUAAAGGAAGGCAAGGAUGCAUUCAUACGUUGCGAAGUGAAAGGCGAACCACAACCAAAUGUCACCUGGCACUACAAUGGACAGCCAAUUAUUGUUGAAACAUUUACAGGCAACACAACGAAAUUUCAGAUUCUGGCUGAUGGAUUACAGGUCCGCAAGGUAACGCAGAACGACACCGGCGAAUAUACGUGCCGCGCCUAUCAAGUGAACACCAUCGCUUCGGACAUGCAGGAGCGCACCAUUUUGAUGAAAAUCGAACAUAAGCCAUUCUGGAUGCACAACCAUCAUAUUUCACUGCAGUAUGUCUAUGUCAAUGGCAGCGUGUCCAUACCGUGUCAGGCCAUCGCUGAGCCGCCAGCCAAUUUUACCUGGUACAAGAAUAGCAACAAGAAACGUUUGCGCAACGACAAACACUACAGCUUCGAGACGGAUUAUUAUGCAUCCAAUUUGACGAUUCAAGCGCGCGACGAUAGCGUAUACGACACGUAUCGCUGCCUAGCAGAGAACAAUCUGGGCGCCAUUGAACGCAGCACCGUAUUGGAGCGCGGUGUGAAGCCACCACCACCGACGGUGUUGCAGUUGCGCGGCUUCAAUUCGAAUACGUUCGAUGUGGAUGUGGGUUCGGUGCGCACUUCGCCGGUGCGUAAAUUGAUGGAGGUGAAUGGAUUUCGUAUUGAGUAUAUGACGGAAUAUGAAUUCAAAUCAGAUGCAGGCAAAUGGACGAAUGCUAAGCGCAGAGAUUUUCCAUUCGAAGAUGGCGCAACUUUUCUCAUCAACAAUUUGGAAGCCAACACCACCUAUUUGAUGCGCGCUGCAACUAAAAAUCUCGCCGGUUUCAGCGAUUGGACAAAAGUGGAAAGAUUCCGUACAAUCUCCAAUGAGCCGCCAUCAUCGUCGACGCGCUUGGCGCACUUGAGCGCCGAACAAUUGUUGUGCAUAUCGCUGGUGGCGUUGUUGUUGUGCAAGGAAUUGUCAUUCGGUUUUCAACCAGUUGCCAGUAUAACAAAGCUACGUCGCGCUGCAGGCGUGCGUUGGUGAAGCGUGCGUCAGUUGGUGGAAUUGCAACUAUUUAGAUAUGUAUGUAUGUAGGGGUUUCUACUGAUAAAGUCUAGCAGCAGCGUAGAAGAGGUGGGGAUGGUUGAUGGUUGAGAGAGAGAGGGUGGCAUGGGUUUCAUGAUAGUGAAAAAUUAUUGAUUAGCGCUAAGGAUUAAAGAGUUUGAAAUAUUUAAUUUAAUUUAAGUAAAAAUAAGAAGAAAUGAAAAUAGAAACAAAAACAAGAAUAAUUAA